AGCAAUUUAGACUCAACUGCGUUCUCUAAUUUUCAUAUGCCAUGGUUUGGGUGGUCUCAUUGUGAAGAAAGCGAUCAGAAGAAUAUACGAUGAAUUUCAUAAACCAGAGUUCGGAAAGCUCUUUCGAGCACUCUCUGGGGUUGUUUUUUUGGGAUGUCCGCAUCCUAAAUUUGGUGAAAUUCAUGACUGGCCAAACUUGUCAACGCUGUUGAAGGAGUAUAUGGCCUUACCAAAGAAAGCCAUGCAACAUGCGCAGGACAGUAUAGCUACAGUGGCCAAUAUUUCGAAGAGCUUCGAUGAAUCGGACCUAGACCUUGAUAUUCUGUCUGUUAUCGAAGGCAAGCCGACAAAAGUGAAAGGGGCCCUGUUUAAGCGACAAAUUCUGGUAAAAGAGUCCCUCGCUCGUACAAAGCUAAGACAUGAGAAGGUGGUUAAAACGGAUUCAACACAUGGAGCAUUGUGCAACGUCCUCCCUGGAAGUCCUUUUUACUCCCAAUUAUCCGAGUUCUUAACCCUAGCAGGGCCUGGUCGUACCCCAGACUCCCCUAUUGCUAUCACAGUCACGCAAAGCACGCCUGCCUGGAGUGUUUCGAAUGCCCAUGAGGACGAAGAGCGAUUCAAACAGCUGUCUGUUCAAACGUCGUUCGGGAUAUCGAAUAUAAACACUGUAGCUAGUUCUUCAGAUAGAUCUGGAUAUGAACUAAUACCCGGAAAGCCUGUCACUGGUAUUGCCAAACGGUUGAAGCUCCCCAGCUAUAUCAUGGGGCCCCAUACCCCAGUCCCCGAAUUCUGCGGCAGGGAAGACGUGCUACAGCAGGUUAGGUCUGCUCUUUGCUCCACGAACGAAUUGGGCCGCUUUGGGCCAUUGUCCGGCUUACGGACAUUUGCUAUCUAUGGGGCCGGUGGGAUGGGCAAAACACAGGUGGCUGUCACUUUCGCCUACGAAUGCAAAGCGCGGAAGGAGUUUGAUGCUAUAUUUUGGAUCCAGGCCAGCGAUACAGGGAAAUUGGCCAAAUCUUUCGCAGAUAUUGCGCUCAAGCUUGGAUUAGAGGAUAAUAGUGGUGAUCAAGUGGUUAGUCGGGACCUGGUUUUGGAAUGGCUAUCAUACCCUACACACCAAAUACAAGAUGGUGCCAAACUCAGCCCCCCAGCGAGCAGUACCCCCAAGUGGCUAUUGAUAUUCGACAAUGCGGAUGAGCUGUCCAUUUUACGUGACUACUGGCCCAUCUCUGGAGGUGGCGCAAUAUUGGUGACAAGCCGCGAUCCACUUGCAAAAUCUCAAACAUACUUCCAGUCCGAUGCUGGUAUUGAGCUGAACCCCUUUAACCACGAAGAUGCGCUCUCUUUGGUGCGCACCCUAACGGGGUACUCCAAACCGAAGGAUUAUGAAUUGUCUGCUGCCAUCGUGAAGAGACUAAGCUAUAUUCCUCUAGCGAUCAAUCAAAUGGCCAAGACGAUCAAACGACGGAACAUGUCAUUGAAAGAAUUCAUCAGAUACUAUGAGCAAGCAGAGAUGCGGCAAAGUUUCAAUAAAACGGUGAUUGGAGCUCCCGCUUCAGGGAUGGCACCCAGGACAAUAGCGACUGUGUGGUCCUUGGACGAUCUACACCCUCCUGCCGCUCGUCUAUUUGAUGUUAUAUCCUUUAUGGACCCAGACCAAAUCCAGGAGUCCCUCCUAACUGAUGUAGGAGAGACGGCCGCAUCGCUGUCGCAUUAUCCGAAUUCACUUGACUCGUUCUUGCUCGCGCGAAGUGAGCUUACCGGUUCCUCGCUUCUUUCGCGAAAUGUCGACACCGAGGAGCUCACAACCCACCGCAUCAUCCAAGAUACGAACCGCUUACAAAUGUCGCAAGACCAUUUUGUCUUAGUAUUCGACAUUGUAUGCCAGCUUCUUUACCGGGCGUGGCAUUUUAGCGAGUUUGACUGGGAACCAACGCGCUGGCCGAAAUGCGAGCCUGUUAUUGCGCAUGUCACCUACCUGGGCGAGGUAUACAAGGGCGCGAGAGAUGUAACUAUAGAACCGAAUACGGCCGCAAAACUUGCCAGAUUGUUAAUGGAGGCUGGGUGGUACUAUGUUGAGCGUGGACUGUUUAAACAAUCUCCACCCUUUUUCGAUUUGGCAGAAGAAGUCUGCAAGCUCGCUCCCCAGCAAACAAGAAUUACAUUUGCGGAUAUAUGCUACUGCCGUGCAGAGCUUGGAAAUAUGGAGAACGACCCUAAAACUGCCCUCCCUUUUGCUAAGCAGUAUCUCUCCCUGAUUUCCGAACAUGAUCCUAAAGGAUGGCGCUUGCCACAGGCUCACAACAUCAUGGCUGUUCUUUCUCUUGGUACCUGUGACUAUGAAGGAUCUAUCUCGCACGCCAAUCUCGCCAUCCAUCUAUAUGGGACAUUGCCUGUCCCGGAAUACGUCGCAUUUGCGUAUAUCAACAAGGCCUAUGGCCUUCUCCUCACGGGCAAAUCCACGGAAGCCGAACAAGUCCUUGAGUCGUACUUACAAGGACAACCGGGAAAGGAGCGAGCUGCUGUUUCCGAACCUUAUAAGUGAGUAAAUCCAGUCACCGCAUUACCCUCAAAAACGCCCGUUAUUCAAACUAAGUGACCUGGACUAGAGCUGCCUAUGCCCAGAGGCUUUUAGGAGUUGUAUUUCGCCAUCAGGGGCGCUACGCCGAAAGCCUCGACAUGCACCAACGGGCUAUAAAGUUACUUAUCGAUACUACCGGAGAAGACUUUCGGGUGGCGGAAUUCCACGACCAGAUAGGGGACACGCAGAGAUGUCUGGGACAGUUUGAAGAAUCCAAGUAAGUGAUUUCUCAAUCUACGGUCUAAAAACCCUCCCCACACCCACCAACUAAACGACCUCAGGCAUUCAUACCUACGGGCUGUAACACUGUGGAACGAGAGUUCGUCGAGCCUUCUCGAGA